AUGUGUAUGGUGAUGAAGCCCUUAAAGAAAGGCAAUGCCAAAAUUGGUCGACCAGUUAAGCUGAAUGAGGAUGAAAUCAAAACAAUCAUUGAAGCGGAUCGUCACGUAACUACACGGGAGAUUGCAGAAAAGGUAAAUGUUUCACAUACAACCAUUGAGAAUCAUUUAAAACGUGUUGGGCUCGUUAAGAAGCUGGAUAUUUGGGUUCUGCACGAUUUGAAAGAAAUUCAUCUGACACAACUUUGGUGGGAUUGGAAAGGUCUGGUGUAUUUUGAGCUGCUUCCAAGGUACCAAACCAUUAAUUCGGAGGUCUACUGUCGGCAACUGGACAAAUUGAAUGCAGCAGUCAAAGAAAAGCGACCAGAAUUGGUCAAUCGUAAAAGUGUCACUUUCCAACAGGACAAUGCUAGGCCGCACACGUCUUUGGCCACUCGGAAAAAAUUGAUGGAUAUUGGUUGGGAAUUAAUGUUACACCCACCAUAUAGCCCUGAUCUUGCACCAUCGGAUUACCACUUAUUUCGAUCUCUGAACAACUCCCUCCGUGGUAAAAUUUUUAAUGAUGAUGACGCUGUAAAACGGCACUUACUUCAGUUUUUAGCCGAAAAAGAUCAGACUUUCUACGAGCGUGGAAUUUUCAAGUUGUCAGAGAGAUGGCAAAAGGUCAUCGAACAAAAUGGACUAUACAUCAUAGAUUAA